AUGUCAUACGUGAUGGAUGAAACAGAAGAAGGAAUAAACGUAGACAAUUCACAACACGAUCUAGAACUUGAUAGAGAUUUUGCAGUUCAACAACGUCCACAGACACAAGAAGAUGACGGUGAUUUACUUGGGUUGGACAAACCAAUCAAACUAAAAACGCGUGUCAAAAUAGCUAAAGUUGAUAAUCAGAGAAUUUUCAAUCAUAAUGGUAUACCACUACUUGUGAAAACACAUUCCAAAUUGUUACGGACACUUAAGAAAAAUGACAAAAGUUUUUAUUCAGAGCCAAGAAGCUCAAUUUCGAAAAGCCAGAAAUUUGACCACGAGUAUGAGAACUUGAGUUCAGUAUUGCAAUUCUAUCAAUUGUGGUGUCAUGGUUUGUUUCCAAAGGCAACUUUCAAAGAUUGCAUCCACUUAAUUCGGGCGCUCGGUGCGAGGUCACCACAGCUUAGAUUGUAUAGAAGAGAAUUAAUAGAAGCAGAGUUGCAUAAAUUAAAAGUUGCCAAGGGAAUAAUAACAGAUGAAAACCAAGACAGGCCACAUAUCCCAGAACAAGAGAAUACAGCCGAGCCAAGUAAUGAUGAAUGGAAUUCUAUGCACAUGUCAGCUUUGGUACCAGAUUCUUCCAACCACAAUGGUCUCUUUGUUGAUUCCAACAGUAAUGAAGACUUUGAUGCAGUAGAUACUGCUAGUUCAACGAACAGGGCACCAUUAUCUAAUGAAGAUAAGAUUGAACAAGUAAAUGUUACGCCUUCAGACACACACAAUAAUGAGGAUGACUCUGAUGACCCUUUUAGUGACAAUGAUGAUAUAAAUAUUGAUGUUGACACUGAGAAUUUGCAGCCAGGAUCCGGUACACAACAUCAAGACCUUUCCAAGGAAACAAUUGAUGGAAAUGAUGAAGCCUUGGAACUAGAACUAAUGAGAGAGUAUAGUGUAUAA